CUCGACAGAACACUUAAAAUGGAAGCUUGGUCGAAAAAAGACAACCCUACCCAAAAAACAAAGAAAAACAGCAUAAACUACAUCAACUCGGUUGUAUAUCCAUUUGAUGGAACGAAAGCUAGUAAUGAUAAAGAAGAAGAUAAUGGUAAUAAACAACGGAAAAGGUGUCUAGAAGAUCUAGAAAAUUUCUCACAGAAUACUACGCUGCAUGGACUUAGCUUUAUUACAAGUAAAGACUCCUCAACCGCCAGAAGGCUUGCAUGGGCGGUGAUCGUUACAGGCAUGAUGGUAACUUUUAUCUACGUUGGAAUAAUUAAUAACGUAUUGCGAUAUUUGAACCGUCCGAUUAAUACUAUAGUAUCAAUGAACUAUGUCGAUGAUAUGGACUUUCCUGCUGUCACGAUCUGUAAUUAUAAUCAAUGGAGAGCAUCGAUGGUAGAUCCUGAGCUUACAUAUAUUAUCUACUUGUUGUCUUCUUCAAAUACCAACUAUCCAAAUGAGACGACGCUGGAAUAUCUUAAAGCUAAAGAAGAUGAAAUCGACGAGAAAAUAGAUAUCUUCAACAUGACUCACCAAAUUGAAGAUAUGCUGUUCGAAUGCAAAUGGAAACAUAUUGAGACCUGUACAGUGAAUGAUUUUACGCGCGUACUUACAGAAUGGGGCGUGUGCUACACAUUCAACAACCCACAAAACCUUAGCGAAGUACGCAGAGUUAAACAGCCUGGUAGUAAUUUUGGACUAUCUAUGCGACUUUCUAUCGAGCAAAAUGAAUACAUUCUCGGUGAUAAUACUGGAGCCGGACUAAGGAUUUUGGUUCACCAACAAGGUCAGCUACCACUAGUAAAAUCUCUCGGAUUUUCCGUCUCGCCAGGUUUCGAAUCACACGUUGGAAUGAGAAAUACAAAGGUGGAGAAUCUCGAGCACCCAUACAAAUCAAAUUGUAGAAAACAGCCUUUGAAAUACGCACAAUAUUACUCUGUGCAGGCCUGCAACUAUGAGUGUUACGUUGAUUACGUUAUUGAAAAAUGCGGAUGUCGAGAUUACCGAAUGCCUGGGGACGUGCGAAGAUGUAGCCCAUACGAAUCAAUAACUUGUAUUAAUAACGCUUCAAAGGAUUUUAUUCACGAGGAUUGGCAGUGUGACUGUCCAACAGCAUGCACAGCUAACAUGUAUGAUAUAAGGGUUUCGUCAACGUACUGGCCAUCGACAUACGUUACAAAUCUAUAUCUAACGCCAAUGGGAAUAUCGGAGUCUGAGGCAAG